AUGAAUGGGCUUGGCGUCUGUGGGAUUAUUUCUGUCAUUAUUUAUGUGGCAAUCCAUAAUUGGACUUUUAUAAUCAUAUAUGCUUUCUUUUUGGGAUCUUAUUUUAUGCUGUCUGCUAUUCUGACACCUUCAGGGUAUAUGAAAUAUAACACAAAUAGCACUAAAGAGCGAAUUUCUUCUUGGAGUGAUCCUGAUGGUCCUGAGAUUAUUGCACAUCGAAAAAUAAGGAUUUCUAACGCUCUUAGGCUAAUUGAAAAAAUUAAUCAGAAAACAGGGAAAAAGGUCACUAUCACUCAUUUAGCCUGCAAAGCUGUCGGGAUGACUUUAAAAGAAUUCCCAGACUUGAACGGGCAUCUUUCAAUGGGAAAUUUUGUUCCAUUUGAAAAUGCAGAUAUUGGGUGCUUAGUUUCUAUUGAUGAUGGAAAAGAUUUAGCUUAUUUUUGUUAUAGAGAUGCUGGAGAAAAAUCGUUGAUGAAAAUUAUUGAAGACGCAGAAACAAAAGUUAAAUCGCUAAAAAUCGGAGAAGAGAGACGAAAACAUGAAAAGGCAAGCAAGCCUUUCUGACUAAUCCCAUCUUGCAUUGCUGGAAUUGUUAUAGAAAUCAUUUCUUAUAUAGUUGCUGCCCUUGGAAUUCCGCUGAAAUUUUUAAAUACACAAAAAUUUCCUGCUGGCGGAGCAGUGAUAACAAAUGUUGGGAUGACAGGAAUAGAAAUGGGAUAUGCCCCUUUUCCUAGUAUUAUGCGAGUUGGGGUCAUCAUUUUACUUUCUGUUAUACGUGAUGAGGUAACUGUUAUUGAUGGAAAAAUAACUGUAGAAAAAAUGCUCACUUUACUGUAUACUUUUGAUCACAGAUUUUGCGAUGGGGUGUACGCAGGUAAAGCUCAAAAUAGAAUUAAAGAAAUUCUUGAGAGUCCUGAAGAAUUUAUUGAUGUUGAAUAA